UUGCAACUCUGCGACGCCGCAAACAAAAUGGCUCUGAUUUUUGCAGACUAAAAAAGUUUCGUUUUGAAUUUUCGCAAUUUAAAAUGGCAAUAAUUUGAUUGGAAUGAAACAAGUAAAAUGCAACUUGCAAUGGACGUGUGUGCGAGUACAAUUAAGAUGAUGGAACCAAGAUUGCUAAAUUAAAAUGGUGUCGAAAGUGCGUGACUGAGAUUUGAAUACGAAAACUAGUUCUUACAAAACUGCACGCACACACGCACGAGCUGUGGACAGCCUCCCAAAAAUGGAAGGUAUGGACCUGUGGACGUCCAUGUUUUCAGCAGAUUUCGAAGAGGGCGACGGUGAGUUAGAGAGUCACAAUAACGGCAACAGCGCGCUGGCAGACGAGUUUAUGGGCGAAGAGGAGGAGGACGAACAGGAGGCUGAAGAAGAUGAGGGGACGGGUGAAGACAGAGACAGCAAGCGAAAAGGACACGAGCCCGAUGACGAUGCCAUAUUUGAUUUUGAACUAGAGCCAAUUGUUAGCAUUGCGGAACCAGCACCGGAAUCUGUGCCAAGACCAACGGUCCCCCUGGCGCCACCAAUGCCAACGGGUCCAGCCAUCCGACCACAGCACCGCCAAUCGUUGCCAGCAUCGUUUGGCUCCCAGUUGAUAGUGGGUCGCGGCGGUGCAGGCGUUCCACCCACACGGCCAACGACCUCACAAAUCAAUGCAACCGAUGAGAACGGUGUGCCCAUUAAUUAUGAGCUGGGCGUCAUCUAUAUAUGCCCCGCCUGCGGCGCCGAGUAUCGGCAGCAGGACAUGUGGAAGCGUCACAUGAACCAGAUGCAUCAGUAUAAUACGCGACGGGGUCUCAAUUUCGUGGCCAUUGAUAAGCUAUAUCAUCGGUGCUUGGAAUGCAAUAAGCGCAUCGCAAUGCACAGUCGGGAGAAUCUUCUGAAGCACAAGUUUACCCAUUUGCCAUACCGCUGCACCAAGUGCUACAUCUGUAAGCGCGAGUACAAGUACAGGCAGGACCUGAUGGUGCAUUUGCGCAUGGUGCACUGUGACGAAGUGGUGGCUAUGAUGCGCGGCGGUGAUGCCAGUGCCGGACGCAAGACACGUGUGCGCGAGCCGCGCAUUGAGCAGCAUCACGGGCCCUACGGGCCGGAACAUGACGAUGACGACGGCAUAGAGGUCAAGAAUGAGCUGAUGUUGGAGGCGGAGGGCGGCGCGCAGGCAGCUGAUGAGUCCAACUUUGGUCUGGAUGAUGAGCACAGUCGCAGUUCCAGUCAAGCGGCUAGGAAAAAGCGCGGCACUGCUGUGGCUGGCAAUGGAAGUGGAAACGGUGCUGCAGACAUAUGCGAAGACUAUAUACACUAUAUGUGUCCCGACUGCGGCACCGAUUGCGAUACGCACGCCCAAUGGAGUCAACAUAUUGAAUUUGUGCAUGACUACGUCAGUCGGCGAGGGCUGAACUUUCGCUGCGUGGACAUGCAGAUGCAGUGCCUCGAGUGCAAGCAGUUUGUCAUUCCGAACACGAUAAAGACGCUGCGUGCGCACAAGUUUAGCCAUUUACCUCAGCCGGAGUGGAUGCGCUGCAAGCUGUGCUAUCAGGGCUUUACGGAGCAUCAUGAGCUGCUCGCGCAUCUACUGAAGCAGCAUCAUUUGGAAACCCUAAUGCCUGAAAAGGAGGAGGAGCAAUCCUUGGCCACAGCCGGUGCGGGUGAUGAGGGCGAGAAUACUCAAGGCAUUGGCGGCGAUGAGGAAUCUCAGUUGCAAUGGGACGAUGUGCCGCGUCGUGGCGGUCGCAUUGGCAGCGACGAUAUGUACGAGCCGCAUAUUGAUUAUCUGUGUCCGCAGUGCGGCAGGGAGUUUAUAGAGAAGAAGCACUGGCGCACACAUGUUGUCCAGGUGCACGGCAUGAACGAUCUGGCCAAGUUGAACUUCGAGGUGAUCAACGAUCGCCAGCUGAAGUGCACCGAGUGCGAUAAGAUCAUAACGAAUGCCUAUGGCAUACAGAAUGCCCAGCAGCACAGGAUAACGCAUUUGCCCUACAAGGCGUACGCGAGAUGCCGUAAAUGCCAUAAAUCCUACACGGAUCGCAAGGGUCUGGUCAAGCAUUUGGCCACAUACCAUCGCGUUGGCUAUGAACCACGCAAAGCGGGCGCCGUACUAGGCCCUGGCACACCGUUGGUCAUGGCCUUAAACCCAGCCAAAUCACAGACGCCACGCAAACAAAUUGUCACUGUGGCCAACGAAACCUAUGAGAUUAUAUAUUUGGAUGAGGAGCAAUCGCCGCCAAGUAAUAAUAAUAUUAAUGAGGAGAAUGACUUUGGAGAGCAAAUGCAGGCGGAUGAUGAUGAUUAUGCCAUCAUAGGCAGCACCAGCGGCAGCAUGGGACGCCAGCUGCCACCAAUUGCCGCUGCUUCCGAUGCACCAAAUCCCAAUCGCUACAAAUGCGUGGACUGCGGCUCACUGUUUGCUACGCAGGCGGCGCUGAAGACACACAUCAGCGAGGAGCAUGAUUUCAUGGACACACAGUAUAGCGCCAAAAAGUUUGAUAAUGCGGAGCCCUCAGAGGAGGCAGCUCCAGCUGCGCCUGUUGCCGUGACGACAGCAGCCACUGCUAUGCCCGUCAAAAACAGCGCCGGAGCCUCUACCAUAGAACAGAAUUAUAUAUUCCUGUGCCCGUCAUGCGGCAAGGCUUACAAGACGCAGUUCGAGUGGCGACGUCACAUCAACGAGGAGCACAAUUUUGACAAGCGACAAUACUUAAAUAUGCGCCAGCUGGAUAAGUAUCGCUAUCAGUGCACCCUGUGCAAGGACAUUGUGUGCAAUUCGAAGCUGAAAGGCUUGCAGGAUCAUCAUUUUCGUCAUUUGCCUUAUCGCCUGUAUCUGAAGUGUCUGGUGUGCGGCACCUGCUACAAUCACAAGCCCAACAUUGCGGCACAUCUGCGCACACGACACAACAUCUACGAACGCGAGUCCUCGUGGCGUGAGCACCAACCCAAGUCCCAGAAUGGCUACGAACAGCUCAAGUAUAAGGAUAAGGAUAGGGACAUGCAGACCAUGGCAGGCACCAGCUCAGGAUCACCAACGCCGGGAAGCAGUCGCACGCUCAAACCACAACCGGGCGUGCUGCCUACGCGACCCGCUGGCCUCAAUACGCUGGAGGACAGCAUCUCGUAUCAUAAUGCCGUGGAUCUGGACUUUAUUACCUACUAUUGCCCCAAGUGCAACAAGAACUUUGAUUCGCACGCCUUCUGGCGCAAACACAUUGUCGAGCAGCACAACUAUAACAGUCGGCAGGGCUUGAACUUUCGCCAGAUUGACAACCAUCACUAUUUGUGCCUGGAGUGCUAUAAGCGUGUGACUGUGACUCAUACCAAGGGGGCAAUUGGGCAGCUGCAGUCGCACAAGUUCCGGCAUUUGCCGUAUCGCUCCUUUAAGUGCUUGACCUGCAGCGGCGAGUUUGUGCGCAAGCAAAUGUUCUUUAAGCAUUUGAAUCGGGACACCAAUCGUUGUGACAACAAGCCAAUGAGUUGCCAGGAUAAUGAUGAGGAUACAGCAGAACAGCCGGAUAGGCCAGUUGCCAUGCCCGUUAAGGCGGCACUUGAUGGCGCCACGUAUCGUUUGAUGUGCCCGCAGUGCGGUGAUGGCUUCACCACCAGCAGCAAAGCACUCUGGCGGGAGCAUAUAAAUAUCUAUCAUGGUCUGGGCAAGCGCGAUCUGCUGCAUAUGCGUAAACUGGGCGAGGAACUGUAUCGCUGCACAGACUGUGAGGAGCAGCUGCAGACCAAACAGUUGCGCGUGCUGCAGCAGCAUCGCUUCCAGCAUUUGCCCUAUGCCGCCUACAUACGCUGCCAGCUGUGCGAACAGCAGCAGCCACCGGAUGGACUGGGUCAUGGUGCAGUCGCUGCCGGAUUACAUAGUAUGCGCGAGCUGCAGCAGCACAUGCGUACUGAGCACCCCAAUGUGGCGGAGCAUGAUGACCAAAUGCGAGCGCUGCUGGAGGAGGAGGAGGUGGAAGAUGUUCAGCAGCCGGCGGCUAACAGUGAGUCGGACAAUGGUCCAUAUAUGCCAUUACCGCCCCAUUUGCUGGACGAUGAUGUCGAGGACAUGGAGUUCGAGGAGCAGUAUCUGCUGGGCUAAGCACUGGCCAAAUCUUGCCAACCCAGUGAUAAACAGAAUCUACAAGUCUACCAACAAGGGACUCACUCACAAUUAAAUAUAUAUCUAGACACAUAUAUAUAUAUAUAUAUAUAUAUUUCUAACUGAACUUAAGUAUUUAUAAAUAGUUUAUGGCGCUCAUUUCAUAUACAAAUUGUAAUUUCAUCUCGAAUUGUCAUCCAAAUACUUAAGUAGAUUUACUCAAAAGGUAUUUAUUAUUUUCCCCUAAUCCCACUCAAGUACCCCAAAAAGUUAAUUUUAAAACACUUAGGAGCUCGUAACGUUUAACUUAUCUAUGAAAUUAUUAUGAGAUUUAUAAAUUUACUACUGUAUAUUAAAUAGGAAGCGUACAACCUUAACUUUGAGACUAGAAUGUAGUUACACGAUCAGUAUGAUUCUCAUGAUACAGUGAUCGCUCGUUAAGUAGAAUUAUUCAAUUUCAGAUGUGGUUUUAAUUUGCAUAAAAUUGUAAUUUUUGGCACAUGGAAUAUCGAUUAGUAAUAUUACAUUCUAUUCCUUCAAUUGAAAGACAACGGUAGGGCAAUCGUUUUAUCUUUUUGCGAUUUUCUAUUCUGGACCAUGCUAAAUGCUGGCAGUUUCCAUUUCCGAGCGAGCACUUUAUCGGUUUUUCUAAGUGAUUUUCAGCUAAAGCAGCUUUACAUUUCCUUCCGCCUUUGUUUAAGCCGUAUCUGUAGCUUUUCGUUAAAAUACUAAAAAUAAAUAAGAAAAUUGAUCAUGACAUAUUCGAA